ACGAGUCACAUGAGUGAUCAUGUGGGCAGCUGAGGGAGAAUAACAGAAGAGUUAGCUAGUAAAGCCAGCAAACAACUGCUAUUAAUGAAAUAAAUCAGCCACAGUCAGGGCGGCGAGCUACCGGAGGCCAGCAUGGCCAACAUCACCAAGAAAGUGUCGUGGUCCAGCCGGGCCGACGAGUCCGGAACCACCGGGGAGACGACCCUGCUGCUCAACGGAUCCGAGCAGCCCAGGACCUCCAGACAGCUGUCUGGAGGAGGCAAUAUAUUUCAGAUAGGCAGACUCAGCACGGUGGAUUUGGAGGAGGAGAUAACAUCAGAUGAGGACUCUCUUAGGGGGCGGCCUAAAGAGAUCCCUCAUAAUGAGAAGCUGCUGUCACUUAAAUUUGAGAGUCUGGACUAUGAUAACAUUGAGAACCAGUUGUUUCUGGAGGAGGAGAGGAGGAUGAGCUAUAUGGGUUUCCGCUGUCUGGAGAUCAGUCGCUGGGUGGUCUGUGGUCUAAUUGGCUUUCUGACUGGCCUCAUCGCCUGUUUCAUAGACAUCGUGGUGGAGGAACUGGCUGGGAUCAAAUACCGAGUGGUCAAAGAGAACAUAGAGAAGUUCACAGAAGUGGGCGGCCUGUCGAUCUCGCUCAUCCUGUGGGCCGUCCUCAACUCCGCCUUUGUCAUUAUGGGGGCCAUCAUAGUUGCAUGUUUUGAGCCCAUAGCAGCAGGAAGUGGUAUUCCUCAGAUCAAAUGUUACCUAAAUGGAGUCAAGAUUCCCAGGGUGGUACGACUCAAGACACUGGUGGUGAAAGUGAUCGGUGUUAUCUGCUCAGUGGUUGGUGGUCUUGCUGUUGGAAAGGAAGGGCCCAUGAUUCACUCUGGUGCUGUUGUAGCUGCAGGGGUCUCACAGGGCAGGAGCACCUCGUUAAAGAGAGACUUCAAGAUCUUUGAAUACUUCCGGAGAGACACAGAAAAAAGGGACUUUGUGUCUGCUGGAGCUGCUGCCGGAGUUUCAGCUGCUUUUGGAGCACCAGUCGGCGGCGUUCUGUUCUCUCUAGAGGAGGGAGCUUCUUUCUGGAACCAGAUGCUGACGUGGAGGAUAUUCUUUGCCUCCAUGAUCUCCACCUUCACCCUGAACUUCUUCCUCAGUAUCUAUAACAACAAUCCAGGAGACCUUUCUAACCCGGGUCUCAUCAAUUUUGGGCGCUUUGAGAGCGAUAGUGUGGCCUAUAACCUCUAUGAGAUUCCCUUGUUCAUCGCCAUGGGAGCUAUAGGUGGAUUGCUGGGAGCUCUGUUCAACGUGCUCAACUACUGGCUGACCAUCUUCAGGAUCAGGUAUGUUCAUCGCCCUUGUUUACAAGUAGUGGAGGCCAUGUUGGUUGCUGCAGUGACCGCAUGUGUGUCAUUCACCAUGAUCUACUUCUCCAAUGACUGUCAGCCUCUGGGGCCAGAGCACACUGAGGAGUACCCACUGCAGUUGUUCUGUGCAGAUGGGGAGUAUAACUCCAUGGCAACGGCCUUCUUCAACACUCCUGAGAAGAGUGUUCGUAGUCUCUUCCACAACCAGCCAGGAACCUACAAUCCGUUGACCCUGGGUUUGUUCACCGUGACGUAUUUCUUCCUGGCGUGUUGGACGUACGGCCUGGCGGUGUCUGCUGGAGUCUUCAUCCCAUCUCUGCUAAUAGGAGCAGCCUGGGGAAGACUAUUCGGAAUACUGCUGGCCUCCAUCACCAACAGUGCCUCGAGCUUGGCCGACCCUGGUAAAUAUGCCCUGAUUGGAGCUGCGGCUCAGUUAGGUGGCAUUGUGAGGAUGACCCUCAGUUUGACUGUCAUCAUAAUGGAGGCGACAGGAAAUGUCACAUACGGUCUUCCCAUCAUGCUCGUCCUCAUGACUGCCAAGAUAGUGGGAGACUACUUUGUAGAGGGUCUGUAUGAUAUCCACAUCAAGCUGCAGAGCGUUCCCUUCCUGCACUGCGAGGCUCCUGCCACCUCCCACUGGUUGACUGCCAGAGAGGUGAUGAGUUCUCCGGUCACCUGUUUGAACCGGAUAGAGAAGGUGGGAGUCAUCGUGGACGUCCUUAGCAACACGUCUACCAAUCACAACGGAUUCCCAGUCGUCAUACAGGGCGCUGCUAGUGAAGAGCCAGCGAAGCUCUGUGGCCUCAUCCUCCGCUCUCAGCUCAUUGUUCUUCUCAAGCACAAGGUGUUUGUGGAGCUGGCCCGGUCCCGGCUGACCCAGAGGAAGCUCCAGCUGAAGGACUUCAGGGACGCCUAUCCCCGCUUCCCCCCGAUCCAGAGCAUCCACGUCUCCCAGGACGAGAGGGAGUGCAUGAUGGACCUCACUGAGUUCAUGAACGCAACGCCUUACACCGUACCACAGGAAACUUCUCUGCCUCGUGUGUUUAAGCUGUUCAGAGCGCUGGGACUCAGACACCUGGUGGUAGCGGAUGGUGAGAACAGGGUGGUUGGACUGGUGACCAGGAAGGACUUGGCCAGAUAUCACCUGGGCAAACACGGACUGGAGGAGCUUCCGCUGGCCCACACAUAGUACACACACACAAAUCUAUGAACUAUGACCACCUGAUGCCUCGUAAGCUGUCGACCACCAGUUAUGUAAGCCCUAUGCCGGACACCUUCAAGGGCCAAGAGGUCUUUAUUAUUCUUUGAUGCCAAAAUGGUCACCAUGACAACACAAGGAAACCCCAUAUACAGGCCUGCGUCAUUAACAAAAAGACCCAUUUAAAUGUCAAACUGGUCUUAGUGUAAAAAUUGGGAGAAAAAAUAACCUAAAGCACGAAUUUGUUCAAAGUGAAAUGAUUUACUUUGAAAGGAGUCUGACUUCCAUUAUUGUCGUCACAGUUUGUUUGUCGGAUUCUGUCCUGAGGCAUCAAAUGACACAUUAGCACGGGGCUCUGCUUCCCUUGUAUGCAAAUGAUAUAUAAUGGACAGAAAAAGAAAAGAUAGUUGCCUUAUUGGAGGAUUUUUCCUGUGCUUAUGCGUGUUCACAGACCUCACUUACUGACAUUUCAUGUAUGGGGUAAAGUCAGAAUGACAGGAUCUUUUCAAAAUAAGAUAAAACCGCUAGAGGUGAGUAAAUCCAGGUGAGAAGAAUCGGUUUGAUCUGUGUUAGCUGGUACAUUGGAAAGCCUCUGCUUUGUUUUGUUCACAUCUGCCACUCUGUCUGGUCUUAUUCUGUCUCCUCAACAUCACAUAAACGGUAUGAAGUGAUACAUUAUUAAUCAUUAUAACACUGAUUUUAUGUCUUGCUAUUGACCUUAACGAGACAUUUAAAGUGGUUGGCUGAGUUUGAGCGAAUGGUUUGUAAUAACUUCUUUGGCAGAAGCGUUUUUAUUUUCCAUUAUUGUGUAGUUUUGCACUGAGCGAAUGCUGUUAUUUAUUGUUAGCGUUGAACAUUUUAAGCGUGUAGUUUGGGCUCAUGUAUGGUCAGGCAGAGUUCUCACAUAUCCCAUAAUUCAAGAGAGGAGACUGAAUGGGCGACUGAUUAUUUUUAAUCUUGUCUCAUUUGGUCGCAAGAUAUCUGUUAUUACAUGGCGAUACAGAUCCGUCUCUCUUUCUGUCAGCUUCACUGAGCAAAUAUAUAUUUGUAUAACUGUCAGUAAAGACGUGGACUGAUACUCAUAGGUACUUACAUCAUUUCUAACAAAUGUUUACACUUUGGCUUACUACUGAAAAAUUCUCCUUUUGUUAAGAAAUACCUACAAGUGUCCCUCAUGAAGCUCUAUAUGAAUGUAAACCGUUGUUUACCACAUACCCUCUGUUCAAACCAGUCAAUUGCUUUACUCCAGUCAGGGUACCGCCCGAAACACAGAUACUCUGAUUUAGAAUUAUUUAAUUUUGUUAAUUUGUUAAUUUAACAUUUCUUCAGUUAUCAGUGUUCUUUUUUUUUUGUGUACUUCAUAGGUUUUACUUUAAUUUUAUCUCCUUUGUGGUUUCUGUUUUGUUGUACAGUUCUAGAUGUUAAAAUAUGGACUAUGCUCUAUUUUACAACCACUGAAUAAGCCUUUUUGUGAAUUAAUAAAGUUGAAAUCGAUCUAUUGUUA